AUGACAUUACUGCUAGAAUCUGUGAAUUCAAUAAGAAAUUUUCAACAUAGACAUUUUCAACCAAAGAAAGUAUCCGAGGAAUUAGAUUGGGUAUUUUACUUACAUAAAUCGCAUUUCUGCCUCAUUAGAAGAAAUAACAAAACCUUAGGCAUUAAAGAAAUAGAAGAUAAUUACGAUGAAAACGUAUGGAGAACUUGUAGAGAUGAUAAUGCGGUAACACAAGUUUCACCUCUAAAACUAAAUGUUUUUCCAACAAUUCACGAUGAUUGUUUAUACGCAUGGGAUUGCGAAACCUAUAGCGAAAAAGAAACGAAUAAAGCCAUUCCUUAUUCUUGCAUGUUAAUUAAUUUAGAAAAACUAAGAAAAAUGUUAGAAAGAGUAAAACAUAACUUUCCAGAUUUAAAUCCCACUGAAAGUGUACCAGAAGAAUUUUAUAAUAAAUUAAUGAAUAUAGUAGAAAUAUUUGUGGGUAAAGAUUGCAUCGAUCAAAUGUUACAACCUUUAGGAAAAAUAGAUAAAAAAAAGAUUAACAUUAAUUUCUCAUAA